AUGAAUGAUUCAGGACCAAUAUCGUACCUUACGCAGCGAGAAGCCGCCGAGAUUGAUGAGACCUUGAUGGGUCCUCUUGGCUUCUCCGUUGAUCAGCUCAUGGAAUUGGCUGGUCUUAGCGUCGCAACUUCAAUUACUGAGGUUUAUAAACCGGGGGAGUAUAACCGGGUUCUAGCAAUCUGUGGACCUGGAAACAAUGGUGGUGAUGGUCUUGUGGCGGCGAGGCAUCUUCACCACUUUGGUUAUAAACCGUCUAUUUGUUAUCCUAAACGUACAGCCAAACCACUCUAUGCUGGACUUGUCACUCAGUUGGAGUCACUUUCAGUUCCUUUCGUUUCCGUUGAUGAUCUGCCAGAGGACUUGUCAAAAGACUUUGAUGUUAUCAUAGAUGCAGUUUUCGGGUUUUCGUUUCAUGGUGCUCCAAGGCCUCCUUUUGAUGACCUUAUACGGAGAUUAGUGUCCUUGCAGAACCGCGCAGCCGUUGUCUCUGUAGAUAUUCCCUCUGGUUGGCAUGUUGAAGAAGGAGACAUUGAAGGUGGAGGAGUUAAGCCUGAUAUGUUGGUAUCUUUGACUGCUCCAAAGUUAUGUGCAAAGAGGUUUAGUGGCAAUCAUCACUUUUUAGGUGGUAGGUUUAUACCACCUUCUGUUGCAGAGAGAUUCAAGCUCGAGCUUCCUAGUUACCCCGGGACGUCCAUGUGUGUUAGAAUUGGCAAACCUCCAAAAGUUGACAUAUCUGCUAUGAGAGUGAACUAUGUCUCUCCGGAAUUGCUUGAGGACCAGGUUGAAGUUGAUCCUAUUUUACAGUUCCGUAAAUGGUUUGAUGAAGCGGUUGCUUCUGGAUUGAGAGAAACAAAUGCUAUGGCUUUGUCUACGACGAACAAGGACAGAAAACCAUCAUCAAGAAUGGUUUUACUUAAAGGAUUUGAUGAGAAUGGAUUUGUCUGGUUUACGAACUACGAAAGUAAAAAAGGUUCUGAUUUAACAGAAAAUCCUUGUGCAGCUCUUCUUUUUUACUGGGAAAGUUUGAAUCGGCAGGUAAGAAUUGAAGGACCAGUAGAGAGAAUAUCUGAAGCAGAAUCCGAGAGUUACUAUCAUAGUCGUCCUAGAGGAAGUCGGAUCGGAGCUAUUGUUAGCAAGCAGAGCUCUGUAGUAGCUGGCAGGCAUGUUCUAUACGACGAGUAUGAAGAACUAACCAAAAAAUACUCAGAUGGAAGUGUGAUACCAAAGCCUAAAAACUGGGGAGGAUUCAGACUUAAGCCUAACCUUUUCGAGUUUUGGCAGGGACAGCCAUCUCGUUUGCAUGACAGGCUGCAGUAUUCUCUGCAAGAUGUAAACGGGAACCGUUCGUGGGUCAUUCAUAGAUUGGCUCCAUGA